AGCCCUCUCCAGGGGCUCGCAAUGUGCAGCUGAGCAGCGUGCGGGGCAGAGCUGCACAUCGGCCUCGCAGGCUCGCUCCCUCUUUCUCCUCCAGCAUGCGGUCCUCCGGUUGCUCGGGGACCAUAGAAGAGUUCUUCCAGGGCUGACAGUCCAGGUUCCCCCGCAGGCCAAGGGCUCUAGCAGAGCUUCAAAGUUAGAGCCGACGACCUCCCUGCCGCCCCACUCCCCUUCACCCAACCCCUCCGAAAUUCACCAGCCUUUGCAGGCACUGCCUAAGGCUUUCAAACAGACGUGAAGCCGCCAGCAAAACCGCCCUGGCUUUCUGUAUAAUAAUCUGCUCGUCUAGGUACCCUGGCUCACUGAAGACUCUGCAGAUACACCCCUGUUAAGGGAGGGAGGAAGAGGGAAAGGGAGGAAAGGAGAAAGAGAAAAUGAGGAGAGAAUGCCAGAAGGUCCGUGCCUCUGCCGAGAGUCCCAAUUAGAUGCGAAGAAUUCAGCCCGGCCAAGGUGAAGGAAAGUUGCUUCCAAGCCUGGGAAGUGGGUUUGCCUGUACAGAGGAGAGGCACUCAGCUGGGAACUGCUCCCCUCCCCUCCUCGGAAGACCACUGGGUCCCCCCUUUUCCCAACCUCCUGCCUCUCUUCUCCUCCCACCCUCCCUUUUCCCACUCCCCACUGACUCGGAAGCCUGGAUGCUCUACCACCAGGCAGUGGUCCAGCACGCAGCCUGGAGGGGGCGGGGGCAGGGGGCACUGUGACAGGAAGCGGCGCGCACAAGUUGGCCGUUUCGGGGGCAAAAUAAGUUCUCCCUUGGAUUGGGAAAGGACAAAGCCAGCAAGCUACCUCUUUUGUGUCGAAUGAGGAGGACCAACCAUGAGCCAGAGCCCGGGUGCAGGCUCGGCCGCCGCCGCUGCCACCACGGUCAGCUCCAGUCCCUGCCGGGAGUUGGCGGUUCGAGAUCACAAGGCAAGAUUCUGCUGAUGAAGUUUAUUAAAAUAUAAAACUGGAAGAUGAGACUACAAAAGACUAAAGCAAACAUAGGAGUGGCAAAGGACCAGAAAUGCUGCGUUGGACUUCAGCCCAUCUGAAGGACAUCUACUCAGGAUGAUAAAACUUACCCUUUGCUCACACAGAUCUCUGGGCCAUUUAAACCAAAAAUUGAACUUGCUGACAGCCUCCGCUAGCCUGUUCCUCGCUUAUAUGAAGGACAGAACAAAGAUCCAGUUUGGAAAUGAGAGAGGAGGACUAACGCGCAGCAUUGGUUCCACCCACUGAUAUCUCCCAGAGGUACAGAUACGGGAUUCAUGAAGAUGUUGACAAGACUCCAAGUUCUUACCUUAGCUUUGUUUUCAAAGGGACUUUUACUUUCUUUAGGGGACCAUAACUUUCUGAGGAGGGAGAUUAAAAUAGAAGGUGACCUCGUUUUAGGGGGCCUAUUUCCUAUUAAAGAAAAAGGCACUGGAACUGAAGAAUGUGGGCGAAUCAAUGAAGAUCGAGGGAUCCAACGCCUGGAAGCCAUGUUGUUUGCUAUUGAUGAAAUUAACAAAGACAAUUACUUGCUCCCAGGAGUGAAGCUGGGGGUUCACAUUUUGGAUACAUGCUCGAGGGAUACCUAUGCAUUAGAGCAAUCACUGGAAUUUGUCAGGGCUUCUUUGACAAAAGUGGAUGAAGCCGAGUAUAUGUGUCCUGAUGGAUCCUAUGCCAUUCAAGAAAAUAUCCCACUGUUCAUUGCAGGGGUCAUUGGCGGCUCUUACAGCAGUGUUUCCAUACAGGUGGCCAACCUGCUGAGGCUGUUCCAGAUCCCGCAGAUAAGCUACGCGUCCACCAGCGCCAAGCUCAGCGACAAGUCGCGCUAUGAUUAUUUUGCCAGGACCGUGCCCCCCGACUUCUACCAGGCCAAAGCCAUGGCCGAGAUCUUGCGUUUCUUCAACUGGACCUACGUGUCCACUGUGGCCUCCGAGGGCGAUUACGGGGAGACAGGGAUCGAGGCGUUCGAGCAGGAAGCCCGCCUGCGCAACAUCUGCAUCGCCACGGCGGAGAAGGUGGGGCGCUCCAACAUCCGCAAGUCCUACGACAGCGUGAUCCGCGAGCUCCUGCAGAAGCCCAACGCGCGCGUCGUGGUCCUCUUCAUGCGCAGCGACGACUCGCGCGAGCUCAUCGCCGCCGCCAGCCGCGCCAACGCCUCCUUCACCUGGGUGGCGAGCGACGGCUGGGGCGCGCAGGAGAGCAUCGUCAAGGGCAGCGAGCACGUGGCCGACGGCGCCAUCACCCUGGAGCUAGCCUCCCAGCGCAUCCGCCAGUUCGACCGCUACUUCCAGAGCCUCAGCCCCUACAGCAACCACCGCAACCCCUGGUUCCGGGACUUCUGGGAGCAGAAGUUCCAGUGUAGCCUCCAGAACAAGCACAACCACCGGCGCCCUUGCGACAAGCACCUGGCCAUCGACAGCAGCAACUACGAACAAGAAUCCAAGAUCAUGUUCGUGGUGAACGCGGUGUACGCCAUGGCCCACGCCCUGCACAAAAUGCAGCGCACCCUCUGUCCCAACACCACCAAGCUCUGCGACGCCAUGAGGAUCCUGGACGGGAAGAAGUUGUACAAGGAUUACUUGCUGAAAAUCAACUUCACAGCUCCAUUCAACCCAAAUAAAGGUGCAGAUAGCAUUGUCAAGUUUGACACUUUUGGAGACGGAAUGGGACGUUACAACGUGUUCAACUUCCAGUACAUGGGCGGCAAGUAUUCCUACUUGAAGGUUGGUCAUUGGGCAGAAACCUUAUCAGUAGAUGUCGACUCUAUCCACUGGUCCCGGAACUCAAUCCCCACGUCCCAGUGCAGCGACCCCUGUGCACCCAAUGAAAUGAAGAAUAUGCAACCAGGGGAUGUCUGCUGCUGGAUCUGCAUCCCCUGCGAGCCCUACGAAUACCUGGCUGACGAGUUUACCUGUAUGGAUUGCGGCCUUGGGCAGUGGCCCACUGCAGACCUAUCUGGCUGCUUUGACCUUCCUGAGGACUACAUCAGGUGGCAAGAUGCCUGGGCCAUUGGUCCAGUCACCAUUGCCUGCCUGGGUUUUAUGUGUACAUGCGUGGUUGUGACUGUCUUUAUCAAGCACAACAACACACCGUUAGUCAAAGCAUCAGGCCGGGAGCUCUGCUACAUCUUGUUGUUUGGGGUUGGCCUGUCCUAUUGCAUGACAUUCUUCUUCAUUUCCAAGCCGUCACCAGUCAUCUGUGCAUUGCGCCGACUAGGGCUGGGGACCUCCUUCGCUGUCUGUUACUCAGCCCUGCUGACCAAGACAAACUGCAUUGCCCGUGUCUUCGAUGGGGUAAAGAAUGGCGCUCAGAGGCCAAAAUUCAUCAGCCCAAGUUCUCAGGUUUUCAUCUGCCUGGGUCUGAUACUGGUGCAAAUUGUGGUAGUGUCUGUGUGGCUCAUCCUGGAGGUUCCAGGCACCAGGCGGUACACCCUUCCAGAGAAGCGGGAAACAGUCAUCUUAAAAUGCAAUGUCAAAGAUUCCAGCAUGUUGAUCUCACUUACCUACGAUGUGGUCCUGGUCAUCUUAUGCACUGUGUAUGCCUUCAAAACGCGGAAGUGCCCAGAAAAUUUCAACGAAGCCAAGUUCAUUGGUUUUACCAUGUACACCACAUGUAUCAUCUGGUUGGCCUUCCUCCCUAUAUUUUAUGUGACUUCAAGUGACUACAGAGUGCAGACAACGACCAUGUGCAUCUCGGUUAGCCUGAGUGGAUUCGUGGUCCUGGGCUGUUUGUUUGCACCCAAGGUGCACAUCAUCCUGUUUCAGCCCCAGAAGAAUGUGGUCACACACAGACUGCACCUGAACAGGUUCAGUGUCAGUGGAACUGGGACCACGUAUUCUCAGUCCUCUGCAAGCACGUAUGUGCCGACGGUGUGCAACGGGCGGGAAGUCCUAGACUCCACCACGUCAUCUCUGUGAUUGUGAAUUGCAGUUCAGUUCUCGUGAUUUUAGGCUGUUAGAUGAAAGUGCUCACGUGCAGCUCCGGAAUGUGGAAACAGAGCAAAAGAACACCCCUAGUACCUUUUUUUAGAAACAGUACAAUAAAUUAUUUUUAAGGACUGUACAGUAUAUAGUGACGUGCUAGAACUUUUUAGACUGAUUUUAGUGUCCCUAUUAUUAACAAGUCCCCAGAACAUGGAAAUAACCAUUGUUUACAGAGCUGAGCAUUGGUGACAGGGUCUAACAGGGUCAGUCUAUUAGAAAAUACAGUGGCGAUAUUAGGUAACUUUUUUUCCUAUGAAGUUUUUUGUAGGUCCUUGUUGUAACUAACUUAGGAUGAGUUUCUAUGUUGUAUAUUAAAGUUACAUGAUGUGUAACAGGUUGUUUUUCUCAGCACAAAGUAAAAAGCAUCUGUAUUAAUGCAAAGAUAUUGGGAAUAAAACCUUCAAGGUUUUCCAGCAUGGUGGAUAAUGGCUUGUACUUUUUUUUAAUCAUUCCAGGUAAUUUGAGUAUGUUGACUUUAGACCAUUUCUACUUUUUUAAUGUCGGAAGAAAUGAUCUAACCGUGCUUCUCUUCACAUCUAGAUACACUGAACACAAGUUGUUACCCUACGAGGGAGCUGUGAGCAGAUGUAGCCUUCUUUGCAGAUUGCAUGAUCAGAAUUUGACUGAGGACAGCAUAAAUAUCAGGGGAUCACAGUGGCCAGAUGAUAAUACCCUUGUUGGUUUCUUUAAGCCACAUCUGUACGGCAGCCCAGAUUUUGCCCAAAUAUGGCUCUGAGGCAAAGGAGAGAGGGUUCCUCCAUCCCUGCAUUCCUCUGAUUGCAGAGGCUGACCUGCCAGGGGAGGUUUGAUGGCUCUCAUUUCCCAAAACAACCUUAACUACUAGCAAGGAGCCUGGGGAAGCAUCUUGUUAUUCCAUUGGAAAAUCACCCUCAUGGUUCAUAGCUGAACGUAGCAACAAAAAUGUGGUACAUCUUCUUUUCCAAUGCUUUUCCAAAGUCCCAAGAACAAUGCUCAGGCAUACAGACUCAUCUCUAAACCUGAAUAUUUUACUAACCUAAAUAAAGGAGCAAACAGGGAAAGCACGGAUAAGCUAAAACUGGCUCAUUCUUACCAGCACUGUCCUUUUUCUCCUGGUAAACGCUUGAGUCACGAACCAUUGAUUAAUGUAGAAAACUUCGCUGAGUACCUAUCUGGUAGGUCCUGCACCAGAUACCAUGGACAGAGAAGGUAUUCGCUUCCUGUUAACUCAUGUGACAAC